AUGCUAACAGGAAAAACCCUGAUUGCCAAUCAUGAGGACUCAAGUGUGCAUGAUUUCCCCGCUAAAGGAUGCCCGCAAGGAGAAGUUUUAUCUCCCCUGCUCUGGUGUCUGGUCGCGAAUGAACUUCUACGAAAAUUACAGAAGAAAGGCUUCUUUGUCUUUGGCUACGCUGAUGACGUGGCCAUUAUAGUGCGAGAUAUUUUUUUUUCAACUCUUAAGGAAACUAUGCAGAAAGCCCUUAAGAUCACGCAAGACUGGUGUCAAUCAAAAGGACUUAGGGCUAAUCCAUCAAAGACCAAAGCCAUGAUUUUCACCAGGAAAUACAAACCUGAAGCCAUUGAGCCGCUUAGACUCUGGCGAGAAGAUAUAGAAUACGUCCAGUCAGCGUGUAGAAGAGCAAUGGGAAAAUCCUGGGUUAUUAAACUAAAUACUGCCCUAUGGAUAUACAAAGCGGUACUUGUACCGAGGUUAACAUAUGCUGCUGUUGUGUGGUGGCCCAGAAUGGAAAAGAUGGAGUCAAAGAACCUACUAAAAAGCCUACAAGGUAAUUAUUUGAGGGCUGCGGUAGGGACUAUGAAAACGACACCAACAGAAGCGCUGGAAGUGGCACUCUGCAUUCCACCUCUAAGAUUGACUGUCAUCAGCGCUGCCAAACUCACAGCAUAUAGACUAAGGUGUCAGAGGGAGUGGAGAGAUUUCGGAGUAGGUCAUACCAGGCUCGAGUUUCUUCACAAACUUCCCUUUACCUUAAAGCAAGACAGAAUAUCCAGAAUACGCCAAGUGAACAAAGCGUUCUCUAUAAACUUGACCACCAGGGCGGACUGGAAAAACAAAAAUCUUCAGAUCCAGCCGGGCACUCAUGCAUGGUUUACUGAUGGAUCUGGAGCAAACGGCUGCUAUGGAGCAGACAUCUACUGUCCAGGAUCAAAUCACAAAAAGUUUUUCUCUCUGGGUAAAUUGGCCACGGUCUUUCAAGCGGAAGUCCUGGCCAUUCUGAAAUGUGCAAGACUCCUACUCUCAAGAGAGACAAAAACUAGGAGGAUCAAUAUCUAUACGGAUAGCAAAGCAGCCAUAAAAGCUCUUGCCAAGACCACCACUGAAUCUUCAGUAGUUUGGGACUGUAUGCAAGCUCUAAACAGAUUGGGCGAGCGAAACAACAUCACGCUUGUCUGGGUACCUGGCCACCAAGGUAUCCAAGGCAAUGAAGUGGCUGAUAGUCUGGCAAAACUGGGUACCUUAGAGAAACCAGUCUGCCAGAUAGUUGGAGUUCCCUUUGCAACAGGGAAAAACCAUAUCAAGGACUGGCUGAAACGGGAGCACAGGAUCUCUUGGGAGAUACUGAAGAGCUGCCGCCAAGCUAAGGCUUUGAUGACUGAGCCAUUGCCAGGCCUAGUUGAGGAGAGUAGUUGUAGAUUUUGCGGCGAAGAAAGGGAGGACAGCGUGCACAUAUUGUGUCGCUGCCCGUCUCUAGCACUCAAAAGAUUCAGAUUUUUGGGCUCCAUGUUUGUGGAGCCCGAGGACCUGAAAAUAAUUAAAAUCGGCCAUCUGUGUAGCCUGGCAGCAAAUGCCGGGUUUUAG